ACACAUCUAGCAAAUCGUUGAAAGAGAUAAAUAUAUUCAAAAUGUAUGAACGCCCUCUGCAGUUGAUCGGUGUUCCGUUAAACUCUUCAAUUCAUGAAAUGGCAGUGUGGUGCAUUCUUUAAGCUGGGUGAAGUGAAUUCCAUGGGGGACUGCUGAAUUUUUAAAUAUAAAAUAGAAACACUAUAAAUUAUCGAAAAUCCCGUUGUGCAAAGCAAUUAAUGUGACUUUAACAUUUUGAUUGACAGUGGGAUAUGGAAUCCUGAAAAUUAAAUGUUUUAGAACAAUUCGCUCACAAAAGAAAUCAAACUGUAUUAGAAAGCGUGGUUAUAAAUUAUAUGUGAAUUUCUGUGAAAAUAUACAAAGUGAUCGUAACAAUUUCUACAAAUUAUGUCUGCAUAAUUCAUAUUUAUUAGAUAACCUUAUCAAAUAGAAUUCAAAUUAUGCAUUUACUACUGUAAUUAGUAGCGAUUGUUAACACGCGAAACUUAAUGUUUACGAUGUUUUGAAGAAAAAUGCACGAGAUGAAUUUUAUUUAUCUUUUAACUAGAAAAAUAAAGAUUAUUUGUUGAAGUUACAUAUCAUCGAUAAUGGCACCAAAACGAGCUGAAGAAAUACAUGUUAAAAGAGUAGCAGCUUUAGGUUGUAAGUUACCCAAUCAAUUACCAGCAGGAGAAAUAUUAACAGAUAUUACUCAAAACAAAUGGAAAUUAGGUCAUACAAUAGGAUAUGGUGGAUUUGGUGAUAUAUAUUUAGCGUCAAAUGACACUCAUGCUCCAGUAGGAGAAGAUGCAAAAUAUGUAAUAAAAAUUGAACCUCAUAAUAAUGGUCCAUUAUUUGUAGAAAUGAACUUUUACAUAAGAGCAGCUCGUAAGGAUAUGAUUGACAAUUGGUGUAAAUCACAAGGAAAGAGACGAAUAGGUGUUCCAAAUUAUGAAGGAUCUGGCUCUCAUAUGUAUCAAGGUCAAAGAUAUAGAUUUUUAGUAAUUCCAAGAUUUGGUAUAGAUAUUGGAAAAUUGUUUAUAUCAAAUGGAAGAAAAUUACCAAUGAAACUUGUUAAUAGGCUAACUAUUCAAAUGUUAGAUGCUCUCGAAUAUAUUCAUAGUCGAGGAUAUGCACAUGCUGACAUUAAGGGAUCAAAUAUUUUGUUAUCUAUGAGCAAAGACGUUAUUAAGGCAAGAAAAUCACAAGCAUAUUUAGUUGAUUAUGGGUUGGCUUAUCGUUUUCGUACAGGAUUGGGUAUACAUAAGCCAUUUGUGCAUGAUGAGAGAAGAGCACAUGAAGGAACAUUAGAAUUUACAUCAAGAGAUGCACACCAUGGAACACAUUCAAGAAGAGGAGAUCUAGAAACUUUAGGAUACAAUGUAUUACAAUGGCUAUGUGGUAAAUUACCCUGGGAAAAAGAGGAUGAUAGUGUGCCAUCAACAAUAGAUCCAGAAGAAGUACAUAAACAAAAAGAAAUUUUACUUUCAAAUAUACCAUUGUUUAUGGAAAAAUGUUUCCCUUAUAAGAAGAAACCACCAGCUGCCAUUGUGGAGUACAUGACUUAUAUUACUGAAUUGGGAUUUGAAACUAAACCUAACUAUUCCUAUCUACGUAGUUUAUUUCAAUCUGGUUCCAGUCAAAACAAUGACGUUCCUACAUGUUUGUAUCGUGUAGGAGAAUCUAAUGAAAAUAUUUCUUGUCCUAUCUCUUUCAAACGACCAUAUUUGAGAGAAAGAAAACCUUGUAGGCCUGUUAAUGGCGAGAUACGCAUAACACGAAACACGCAACCUAAACAUCCAGUUGAACGAAAAGAGUUUUGUUGGGAGGCAGUAUUAGCAUUACAUCCUGAUAAACUUGCAAAAAAUACUGUACAAACUCUGCCUUCAUCACUCACUCAACCAUCACCACUAACCCCGCCACCAUCUCCACCACCUCCAUCCUUACCUACGUAUGCAAUGUUGAGUGUAUUACAAAGGAUGAAAGAAAGACAAUCAGGCACAUUUCGGUACAGAACAUUUUCAAGAUCAACAGAUGAUCCUAAAGCGAAAUGGAUGACGCCAGCAAUGGAACAAAUAGUUCAAUUGAGAAAAAAGACUUCGAUACAACCAAUUUCUUUAUCCAAAGUUUCGCCGCGUUUGACACGUUCGCGAGUGGCUCAAUUAAAGCGACUCGGGAAUAAGAAAUCCCACAAGAAGAUACACAGUAACAAAAGGAGAAAAGGUCCAUCGUCAUAAACAGGAUCGAUUUUUCGGACUAUUGUUCCAGUCUUCAUUCCUUGAGUAAUGAAGUCAUAAGCAAGUUAUCUAAAUAAUGGAUGUAUAAUUAAGUAUUACUCUCAAUUAGUUUAUUUAGAUUUUAUAAGAAUAUACUCUUGAUGUUCCUGUUUCAAGGACGAAAUUUCAUUCAUUAGCAAUGCCUCGAGUGCUUAGUGCACCACUUUUUGUAAGACUGCUUUAUCAUCAUAAUUUGUUAUUUAACAAAUUAUAUAAUUAAUGUAAGAUUUUCUAAAGUAAUUCUAUAACGAACAAAUAAUUACAAAUAGUUGAGAUAUUAGUUAUAGGAAUUACACUGCUUCCUCUUAGAUAUAAUUUCAACAUAAUUGGAAUAAGACUUGUUCAUAAACGCAGUAAUGAAAAAUCACUACUUCCGCAUACGCAAAAUAUGUAAGUAUCUCAUAAUUAAUUAUCAUAGUAAACAGACGAUCUGAAUAUUAAAUUAAAGAUUCAUUGAAUAAUGUUUUGAGUUUAAAUGCAACUUGGAAACUGGCGUUUAAAAAUAUAAACAACUUUUCAAUGUUUAUAAAAGUUAUAUUAGUAUUUUAUUUCUGUAUUAAAGUAAUGUAUAUAGUGCUCUCAAAAUAUCUAAGACAUUUUCAAUGUGUUUUAUUAUGAAAAUUGUGUUACAACACUCGUGAUUAUGAAUCAAAUAAUAUGUUAUAAUUGUAUACUAAAAUUGUGAAAUAAUUUCAAUUAAUGAUAAUACAGGCAGAACUUCUAUUUUUCGUUAAUGUAAAAUUUGAUAUUUUACUAUGAAUUCUGCAAAUGUUUUGUUUGUAAUGAAUUAAAUGUUCUAACUUUUGGACACAUAAAUAUUGCCGGCAAUAGAAAUAAAUUCGUAGUAUAUUUCAAUAUGAUAUGAUUGAAAAAAAUAAAAUAUCUGUAAAAAUAAUUUGCAAUCGUAAGCUGUCGUUCUACUCUUAACUGAUCAGUAUUGAGCUAUUAAUUGCUAAUAUAAAUAUAUUAUAUGUGUAAUAUUGAAAUGCAGUAACUUACGUUUGUUAUUAUAUUUACAGUAUAUUAACAAGAACGUGAAGUAUAAAAAAAAAUGAUAUUUUAAUUCAUGGCAAGAUUUUGUAUGAGAUUGUAUUUUAAAAACACACAUUCAACAGUCUAUCUUUUAUGCUUACAAUUCAUAAGAAGUUACUCAUGCAAUGUAAUUUCAUCUAAUUUCAGUAUGAUUUAAUCUAUUUUGUAUUCAGAAUCUUACAUUUACAAAACAUUGUUACAUCAAAUGCAGCCAAUCAUUGUAUAUAUUUAUAUAACACCGAAUGUGUAUAGAUGAAAGUGACGAUUUAUUUGCAGUAAGUUUGUGAUAAUGUAUUUGUAUUUUCUUAAGUUACAUGUACCUGUGCCACAAAAGCAGUGUUGUUAAAGACUUAAAAAUGUAUUGUAAUUGAAUAAAUACACUUGCAUUUGUAA